CGCGCGGAGCUGAGCUGGUGACUGCAUCUUCCUUGUCUUCUCUGAGCCAUAGUCCUAAACUCCGGCCUCCCUGUCCCCCACUUUUCAGCUGCCACGCAGGCACUUGCUCGGGACCCCAGUAUACCAUAAUUGAAGAAAGAUGAUGGAAGAGAGUGGAAUAGAGACAACGCCACCUGGGACUCCUCCACCAAAUCCUGCAGGACCGGCUGCUACUGCUAUGAAUUCUACACCAGUUCCGUCAGCUGCAACCAGUUCUUUUUCUUCUCCAAAUGUGUCCUCGGUGGAGUCCUUGCCGCCGCAUGUGUGUUCUACUCCUCUGCCGUCCCUUCCUCCUGUGGGGCCUUCGGCAUCGUUACCUUUUGUGUCUCCUUCACCAGUUCCUUCUGUUCCACCACUUGUAACUACUUUACCACCUCCUGUUUCUCAGUCAACGCCUGUUGCCUUUAGUAGUCCUCCUUUACCCAACUUUUCCCCUUCUGCCCCUAGUGCUCUUUUAUCUGCACCCUCUUCGGGUCCUCCUAUAUCAGGAUUUUCUGUUGGUUCGACUUAUGACAUUACAAGGGGACAUGCAGGAAGAGCUCCCCAGACGCCCCUGAUGCCGUCAUUUUCUGCACCUCCAGUAGCAGGUAUUAUGCCACCUCCUAUUACUCAGCAAGCCAGUUUGACAUCUCUGGCACAGGGAACUGGAACCACAUCAGCCAUUACUUUCCCAGAGGAACAAGAAGAUCCUAGAAUUCAUAGAGGUCAGGAUGAAGCAUCUGCUGGUGGAAUCUGGGGUUUUAUUAAGGGUGUGGCUGGGAAUCCUAUGGUGAAAUCUGUGCUAGAUAAGACAAAACAUUCAGUAGAAAGCAUGAUUACAACGCUGGAUCCUGGCAUGGCUCCAUAUAUCAAAUCUGGAGGUGAACUGGAUAUUGUAGUAACCUCAAAUAAAGAAGUAAAAAUUGCUGCUGUCCGGGAUGCCUUCCAGGAGGUUUUUGGCUUGGCUGUGGUUGUAGGGGAAGCUGGACAGUCCAGUAUUGCCCCACAGCCAGUGGGCUAUGCAGCUGGAUUAAAAGGUGCCCAGGAGCGGAUAGAUAGCUUGCGUCGAACUGGAGUGAUCCAUGAAAAACAGACUGCUGUGUCAGUAGAAAACUUCAUCGCAGAAUUGCUGCCUGACAAAUGGUUUGACAUUGGUUGUUUAGUAGUUGAAGAUCCUGUGCAUGGCAUUCAUCUAGAAACAUUUACACAAGCCACACCAGUGCCUUUGGAAUUUGUACAGCAGGCUCAAAGUCUAACUCCCCAGGACUACAAUCUAAGGUGGUCAGGCCUUUUGGUGACAGUGGGUGAAGUUCUGGAAAAGAGUUUACUAAAUGUCAGCCGGACUGACUGGCACGUGGCUUUUACUGGCAUGUCUCGUCGACAGAUGAUCUACAGUGCAGCCAAAGCAAUAGCAGGCAUGUAUAAACAGCGCCUACCACCUAGGACCGUGUGAGAGAACACCUGUCUAGGAUACUGAGACUUUUCCUCACUUUACCUUGAUGUUGAAAAAGAGAUUGUACCUUAUUAAAUUGAAUAGCUUCAGUGAAUCCAGCAGUUUGUAUAAUUUUCCUAUAGGCUACAAUUUUUGUUUUUCUAGAAAGGCAUGGUGUCAUUCAAAAAGAUGAAAAGAAACAAAUCCUUUUUAUAAUCCUGUAAUUUCAUAUAUCGUAGUUCUCAAAAAAGAAUAUAUACAAAUACAUUUAUAGCACAAUUUAAUGUACCAAAUUUAUAAAGCAGAAAAUUCAUGUGCAGAGACAUUUAACUUAAUAAUAUGUACUUGAUUGUUUUGUUGUUUAAAGACAUAAAGAACGUGUUUAUUGAAUAUUCUUUAAAAGCUUCGUUUCUUUUUGCUUGCUCUUCCCUGUGAACCUUUGAAGCGUUUUGUGUGUGCACGUGUUCUCAGGCCUGCAGCUGAGCUGUGUGCUCAACAGUUGACCUUAAGACACCUGCUUGUAGGGAGGUGGCGCUCAUUUCUUGGCAUGUUUUUAACAAUAAUGGGCCAAAAUAACGGAAUUGAGCAUUUUCUUUUUUGUCGUCAUGUACACAUGUGAGGGGUCUUUAAAAAGUUUGUGGAAAGAUUCGUGUUAUCUUUUAAUUACACUUUUCCGUGAACUUUUUGAAGUACCCUCAUAUAGUCUGGAAAAUUAUACUGUUUUCUUUCUUUUAAAAUAAUUUUUGGCAUUUCACAGAUUUAUGCUAUGAACAGUGGGGUAAUACAUUUUAUGUUUUCAUUGGUAUGUGACAGCCAAGGGGCAGAUCAUUCAAGUGUAUUUUAAAUCAGAAUUACUCCUGUUAUUUUUGUAUGAUACUAUUCAGUACUUCAAGAAUAAACUCUGACAACAGCCAUUGUUUCUGCUUCCACUCAUGUUCUCCAAACGAUAAUAGAGAAAUUUUUGAGAGGGGAUGACUUCGUUGCUUAUGGAAUGGUAUGCCUCUUACUCUAAUUAAGAUUACUUCUUAUUUAGUUUGCCUUAAACCCUACUUUUCUAACUUCGUGCCAUUCUGCCUUUACUUUUUAUGGAUGUUUUCAAAGGAACUAUUUUGUAUUU